AUGACCGAGCCCACGGGCACCCAGCGCGACGACCUGAUCUCGCAGUUUUGCGCUGUCACCGGCUCCGGUCCCCAACAGGCUGAGACCGCGCUCAAAGCCACCGAGUGGGACGUCGCCAACGCCAUCACCAUGUUCUACGCUUCCCAGGACGAGCCCGAAGAGCAAGAUGCCGACGAACCGACACCCGCCCAAGCUCCUCCGGGCUACACUGGUCCUCGCACACUUGGCGGAGCACCCGCUCCCGGCGCUGCUGAUCCCGGCUCCUCCAGAUCCUCCUCCGGUGCACGUGGCCAGCAGCGCGGAGGUGCGCGCGGUGGUCUCAGGACGCUGAGGGACCUACAAGGCGAGGGCGCGUCCCAGGGCCAUGCUCAUGGUCACGACGACGACGACGAUGAGGAGGACCAGGACUUCUUCGCCGGUGGCGAGAAAUCUGGUCUGGCUGUUCAGAACCCAAACAGCGGACCCAGCACUCGCGACCAGAUCAACAGCAUUCUCGACCGUGCUAGGAGGAACAUGCCUCGUCCGGGUGGCGAAGACGAGCCGCCUGCUCGCCAAACCCACUUCAGAGGUCAAGGUCAGACGCUUGGUGGUGACGAUGAACCCUCCCGCGUCGUCCCCGAUCCCCAUGCAGGUGCGAGCGCUCCCCGCCGCCUCGAACGCGUCCGUCGUGUAAUGCACCUCUGGCGCGACGGCUUCUCGAUCGACGAUGGCCGCCUCUACCGCUACGACGACCCCGCCAACGCCGGCCUGCUGGAGAUGAUCAACAGCGGACGCGCCCCGCUUGACAUCUUGGACGUGGAGCACAACCAAGAGGUCGACUUGGAGGUUCAGCCGCACAGGGAAGAGGAUUAUGUGGCUCCCAAACCAAAGUACAAGCCCUUUUCGGGACAGGGUCAGAGGCUGGGCAGCCCCACCCCUGGUGCAACCAGUGGAAGCUCCACGCCUACCCCCGCUGCUGCUGCUUCGUCGAGCUCGGCAGCCCCCCAGGCCCCUGCGAUUCAAGUCGAUGACUCGCAGCCCACGCUCACCAUGCAGAUCCGCCUCGGUGAUGGAACUCGCCUGCAGUCUCGCUUCAACACUACCCACACCAUCGGCGACCUCUACGACUUCGUCAACAGGGCCAGUCCCGCGAGCUUGGAGCGUGACUACGCGCUUAUGACUACGUUUCCCAGCAAGGAGCUCAACGAGAAGGCGCAGGUGCUGGGCGACAUGCCAGAGUUCAAGCGCGGUGGAGUUGUCGUGCAGAAGUGGAAAUAG